AAUUUCCCAAAAGGUUCUAGAAAGUUCCUAUAAAGUUCUAGAAACAAAGAGCCUAUAAAUUUGGUAUUUGCAAUUCAAUACUUCUUUUUCACAGCAACUCUACUUAACUACUCAACAUUUCGCCGGUAAUUUUGAUUCCGGUGAUAAUUUGACGUCGCCGAUCGGAAUAUGGGGCUGCCGAGUGCUUGCGCCGUCUGCGGCAAUGCCACCUCUAAACGAUGCUCCCGCUGCAAGAUGGUUAAUUACUGUUCUGAUGCUUGCCAAAGAUCCGAUUGGAACUCGGGGCACAAGUAUGGAUGUAGGGAUUUUCAAUCAUCUGUUAAAGGUAAUUCUGAGCAAUCAGCAUCGACUUUGCAAAGGAGGUACAUGUUUGGCACUUCAUUUGUUCCUUUUGGCGGAAAAAAUAAUCAGGAACUUUUUCCAUAUGAAGAAUUCUUGAAUUACUUUUACUGGGGUGGUUCAGGCUAUCCUCCUCGUAGACUCAUAAAUUGUGGUAACAGCUGUUUUGCUAAUGUGGUUCUGCAAUGUCUAACACAGACUAGACCACUUCUCGCCUACUUGUUGGAGAGAGGCCAUAGAAGAGAAUGUAGAUCGAAUGGUUGGUGCUUCCUCUGCGAAUUUCAACUCCAUGUUGAACAAUGUACCUGGUGUCAGGAUCCCUUUUCACCAAUUGACGUACUAUCAGGGUUGCCUAACAUUGGUGGUAAUCUUUCUUGUGGAAAGCAGGAGGAUGCCCAUGAGUUUAUGAGGUUUGCUAUUGACACAAUGCAAUCGGCAGUACUUGCUGAAUUUGAUGGAGAUAAGGCUGAACCUCUUAGCGCUGAGGAAACAACUAUUAUUCAGCAUAUAUUUGGUGGUCGCCUUCAAUCUCAGGUUGCAUGUACAGCAUGUGGUAAUCACUCAAAUCAGUUCGAGAAUAUGAUGGAUCUGACUGUAGGGAUUAAUGGGGAAGCUGAUUCUUUGGAGAAAUGCUUAGAUCAAUUCACUGCCGAAGAGUGUAUGGAUGGUGAAGAUAUGUAUAAAUGUGAUAGAUGCAAUGAUUAUGUCAAGGCAUGGAAGCGCUUAACGAUCCUGGAGGCACCAAAUAUUCUAACAAUCGCUUUGAAAAGGUUUAAGAGCGGGGAUACUCCUGGCAAACUAAAUAAUAGGGUGACUUUUCCUGAAAGUUUAGAUCUAAAUCCUAACAUGAGUGAAACAGGAGAUGGCAAUGACCAUUUCAAUCUGUAUGCGGUGAUUGUUCAUGAGGAUAUGUCAAAUGCAUUACAUUGUGGUCAUUAUAUCUGCUACAUCAAGGAUUUGACUGAGAAUUGGUAUAGAGCCGAUGACACUGAGGUCAUUGAUGUAGGAAUUGAUGACGUUCUUGCACAGCAAGCAUACAUGCUCUUCUAUAGCAGGCAUUUAGCCAGGCCAACAUCAUUAUGUCCUCUUGAAUCAUUAAAUAAACUGGACAAAGCGGAAGGCAAGCAGCAUUCCACAGUUGCACCUCUUGAGUGCCAUAAGACAACUGUGUCUCCUGCUAUAUGUGCUAAUCCUGGUUCAUUGCCAACUGAUAAGAAAUCAGUGGUUUUCAGGGAAGAAGAGGAGUUGACCUCAGUUACUAACUAUGAGGGUGAUACGGUAGAUUCUGGGGCAAGUCGUGAAGUCUUGCAGGAACUUCAGGAUGUUAGAGAAUCCAGUGCAGACAGAGAAACUUAUCUAAGAAAAUUAUCAGCUACUUAUUCCUUCAUUGAUUGUUGUUCUGAAGCUGUAAUGCAAAAAGCCGAAGGGAGAUGCCCUGUUUCUGACAAUGAGGAAAAAUCCGAGAUGUGGAGAAGUGCUGCGUAUGAGUCUCUGUUCGGAAGUUCUAGCGAGGAUGAGGAUUCUUUAACCUUUGAAGAAUACACCGAGAUAUGUGAAGGAAAUGCACAUGAAUCUCUGUUUGAAAGUCCACGAGAGGAUUCUGGAAGUUCUAGCGAGGAUGAGGAUUUCUUAACCUUUGAGGAAUACACUGAGAUAUGUGAAGGAAAUGCACAUGAAUCUCUGUUUGAAAGUCCACGAGAGGAUUCUGGUGAAAUGCCGUAUGAUUCUUCUUCCGAUGCCUCUGACUCAAGCUCAUCUUAAACAAAUGCAUCCCCGCAGUCUGGCUUAUCUUGUGAAAGUCCACAAUCUGGUAUACUCUCUCAAUGAACAUACUUGUAGUCACCUGACAAGACUUUAUUCUUUGAUCUGGGAAAGUAAGUAGCCGCCUCUUCUGAUUGUAGUUUACGAUAGUAUUGGAGAUUCGAGUUGUAUAGAUGAAUAGUUCUGAUGAUUUACGAUAGUGUUGGAGAUUAAAACUGUAUAGAGAGACAUAACCAAGGAUCAUAGUUGUUCAUUUUGUAGACAUGUAUUGUAUAUUCCUUUUACAUGAAUGAUCUAUAUGCAUAAUACAGAAGUUACUAUGUUUCA